AUGCCUGAGCCUGGGAAAGUGAUUCCAGUACGUGUUGCUGUCCGAUGCCGACCUCUCAUCCCCAAAGAGCUGUCGGAGGGAUGUCAGCAAUGCCUAACCUUUGUCAAGGGAGAGCCACAGAUCCUUGUUGGACAUAAUAAGGCCUUUACAUAUGACUUCACUUUUGGGCCUGAAACAGCUCAGGAGGCUGUGUACUGCGAUGCAGUGAAGGAUUUAGUUGCAGGCUUGUUCAAAGGAUACAAUGCCACAGUGCUGGCAUACGGUCAGACAGGUAGUGGCAAGACACACUCCAUGGGCACAGCAUAUGAUGCAGCCUUGUCUGAAGACGAAGAUAUGAUGGGCGUGAUUCCGAGGGUGGUCAGAGACUUGUUUGAGGGCGUGAAAGAGAAAGAGGAUGCAGAAUUCACAAUAAAAGUGACCUUCCUAGAAAUCUAUAACGAAGACCUGAAGGAUCUGUUAAACAUGUCACCAAAGGCAGAGUCUCUUAUGGUGAGGGAAGACACUGGGGGGUCGAUUAAGUUGCCUGGGCUCCAAGAAGUGCAAGUGAACAGUCUACAGGAGACCAUGCAGUGCCUUGAGCAGGGCUCAAAGGGGAGGACUACAGGUGCUACAGCCAUGAAUGCCACGAGUAGCAGGUCACAUGCCAUCUUCACUAUCAUCGUCGAACAAAGGAAGAAGGAAGAGAUGAAUGAUUUGAUUCGGUGCAAGUUUCAUUUGGUGGAUCUUGCUGGGUCUGAGAGGGCCAAGCGUACUCAAGCAGAAGGAGAAAGGUUCAGAGAAGGCAUCAGCAUCAACAAAGGCCUUCUCUGCUUGGGUAAUGUGAUCAGUGCCCUUGGUGAGGACGGGCAGAAAUCACGGCACAUUCCAUAUCGGGAUUCGAAAUUGACAAGAUUAUUACAAGAUUCUCUUGGAGGUAACAGUCACACUGUUAUGAUUGCCUGUGUCAGCCCUGCUGAUAGCAACAUGGAGGAGACAAUAAACUCUCUACGUUAUGCUGACCGGGCUAGGAAGAUAAAGAACAAGCCGAUUAUUAAUCGAGAUCCCCAGAUGGCGGAGAUAAUGAGGCUGCGGCAGCUGGUCCAGGAUUUGCAGGUGCAAAUUGUCCCUGGUUCAGGUACUUCCACAUCGUCAUCUUCAACUGGCCGGCUCUCCGAGGGCGGCACAAAGGUUCUCCAGGAGAGGAACAAACAUCUCCAAGAGGAAAACCACAAGCUUGCCGAGGAGCUGCGAGUCGCGGUUGACCAGAACGCUGCCAUGUGUGAGAAGGUUGUCUGUGCCGAGCUGGCUCGCGAUGAUUUAAAGGAAAAGCUUGCUGCUCUCCGAUGUCAGGCUAGUCAUCACUUUGAAAGUUUAAAUGCAUCCCUGUUGACCGGUGAUCAUACUCUGGCGCCUGAACACCUUGAUCAAAUGAAGAGCAUACAAGAGAAAAUCACAGAGCUGGAGACGCUUGAACCUGCAGAGAAUAUUGACCAUGGGGUAUUAGAGACAAGCCAGGAAUCUCAGUCUGGAGAUGGUAUGAAAACUGAAGAAGACAAAGAAGAGUCUGCCAAAUAUGCCCUACGUCAAGCCAAACUUGGCCGAGAGUUACAAGAACUCAAUAAGAUGCUGACCAAGAAACAAGAGUUGGCCAGUAAGAUGGCAGUGAAUGAAGUCGGCAUGGAGAGUAUGAAACAGCAGUACGAGGAAACCAUGAAGCAACUCGAACAGGAUGUAUCCCGGCUCCAGACUGAGAAAGAUGACCUGACCCUCAAACUCCACGAUGCUAAGACAAGUAAUGCCAGCAGCAAGGUGUCUGAACAGCGCAGAAAACGUCUGGUCGAGUUGGAGUCUGAUCUGAGUCAACUAAGAAAGAAAAUAACAGACCAGUCGAAGUUAUUGAAAGUCAAAGACCAAACUGAUAAACAGUGUUCCAAGCUUGGACAAGAAAUUCAGUCAAUGAAACAACACAGAGUUCGUCUCAUGAAACAGAUGAAGGAAGAUGCAGAGACGUUCAGAAAAUGGCGUCAACAAAAAGACAAGGAGGUCCUUCAGCUCAAGGCUAAGGACAGAAAGCGUCAGUUUGAGCUCGCAAAACUUGAGCGAGACUACUCGAAGCAGCAACAGGUUCUCCGACGGAAAGCAGACGAGGCGGCGUCUGCUAAUCGGCGUCUGAAGGAGGCGUUGCAGAAGCAGAAGUGUGCCCUGUUGGAGCGUGACAAACAGCUGAAGGUGUCUGAUAAGUCUGGUAUUGGACAGAGGGUUCGGAAUUGGUUGAGUCGAGAUCUUGAUGUACAGGUCAGCUUAGAAGAAGCAAAACUUCAUCUCAACUCAUUGCUGUUGGAUAGAAAGGAGCUCACGGAACAGCUAACAGAGCUGAAGGAGAAACUGACUGAGCCACCAAAAAAGAGACUUGCUUGGAGCGAAGGUGCAGAUGACACAGACAAUCUGCAUGCGAAGACAAAAUCACAGAUAUCCGAUCUUCAGAACGAUCUCCGUCUCUGUAACGCUCAGAUCUCAGAUUUCCAGCAGAAGUUGGUUGAUGCGGAUCAAGACGAUGUGAAAAAGAUGAGAUGGUCCAGCAUCCAUACAAUGGUGGAAGCAAAAUGUGCACUGAAGUGGUUGAUGAAUAUGGCUGUUACGGCAAAAGUAGAAUGCACCAAGCAAAAGAGCAACCUGGCUGAUGUCAAGACAAACCAGGAUGACAUGACGUCAGCAGUUCAGAAACUUGAAAAUGAGGUCGAAGAACUGAAACGUCAUCAUGAAACUGAAAAGACAGAGGUACAGAGACAGAAUCAAGAAAAGGUUCUCUACUUGUUGAAGCAGCUACAGACCCUCCGACAAGAUGACAAGAAGGAUACAACUCUGGAUGAGGAUACAAAAGAACGACUGAAAUUCCAGGAAGAGCAAAUUGAACGGUUGGCGAAAAUCAAUGAGGAACUUGAAGAGAGAAAUGACGAAUGCACUAUUCUCAAAAAAUUUAUCAAGGUAGAGCGUAAUAGGAGUUAUGACUUGACAUUAAAGUCUGAUGAUACUGGGCCCAGAAUGAUAAUCGUCAAUAAUCACCACUGCCUUCAUGUUUUUAGGAAUUGA